AACCUGUUAAGUAACUUAAGUUAUAACAUAUUAAACUCCCGCUUGUAUCACUACUCACUACUUUUAGAUUGUCAACGGAUAUAUUUCAACGGACAUACAGUCAUACAGUCAUACAGUAUACAGUAUACAGUAUACCACAGGUCCACAGGUCCACCGUCCACCGUCAACGCUAUCAUCGAUUCAUCAAUUCAUCAACACAGGACGGCAUAGAGUAUGGCUGCAAGAUCAAAGAGCUUGAAUGUAUUCAAGAAGCCGCUGGCUGUCCAUUCGCUGAAUCCAGUGACUGGGUUUACGAGAUCGGGAUAUUGCGAGACUCCACGUGGAGAUGUCGGGAAUCAUUCUGUUGCUGGAAUCCUGACGGAUCAAUUUCUUGAUUUUUCUGCGUCUCGCGGAAACGACCUACGAUCGAUUGGGCUCAAGGGCGGGUGUAGAUGGUGUCUUUGUGCGAGUAGAUGGAAGGAAGCACUAUUGGCAAGAAAGGGUGAUAACGAUGAUGUUGUUCCAAGAGUCGUGCUGAGUGCCACGAAUGAAAAGGCAUUGGAUGAUAUACCAAUGGAAGAUCUACGCAAGUUUGCAGCAGAGGAGUGAAAUGAGUUAUAGUCCUCGGGGUGGUUUAUUUGACAUGUCGAGGAUACUGGUUGAAGAAUAGGAAAUGGGAAAUGGAAAGAAUUAAAAAUACGGAUAAAAAAGGAAAUGGAAUUAAGGAGAAGGAGAUAUGGAAGACAGAGAAGGGAAAAAUAAUAAAAGGAUAAAAAGAAAUACGAAAUAAGAAAAAAAUAGAGGGAGAAAAGGAA